GGAAUCAAUAAGAUCCUUAAAACUUUGUUGAGAAUCAAUGGAAGAUUGAACAUUAUAGAAAAGAGAAUUGGAAAUAUGGAGCAGCUAUUGAAUACCAAUUUCACGUUGAACCCUCCAAACUCUCAAAAUAAUAAAAUUUCAAAAUUGCUACCCAUUAAAUCAAUAGAUGAAUUGAACGACUUGGAGCGACAAUUGGAUGAUGACGAAAACAAACAACAACUGUUACAGGUUCUACAAUAUAUUGGUGGCGUGAAUGAAAAAGCUUGUGUUUCUAGAUGCCUUGAACGUUGCUUCACGAAUUAUUGUGCCAUGUUUUGUAGUUGGACUGGCAAGAAGGACAACUUCAGAAUCAAAGAUCUGAAAUCCAUACAUAUUUUGAGAGAUGCAGUGAGAAAUACAUUCCCAAACAUCAAAGACGAUGAAUUCGAGAGGCAUGUAAUGGUUUGGCUACAGUUUGCGAAAACACGUUAUGACAGAGGGAAACAAUAA